AUGGAAUCCAGCCGAGGUGCCGAGGGUCCUAGUAGUAGACAUCCCAACAAAUUGUUUGGCACCAGCGCAACCUCGGAAGAAUUUACUCAAACGCUGCCAUUUUCCAACGUUCCGGAAGUUAUCAUUGCUGUUGAAGCAGUCCGUAAAGCGGCAAAGAUUACAGAAAAAUUGCAAAAGACCAUUGAUGCAAAAGGGACACUGACCAAGGAUGAUGAAUCACCAGUAACUGUUGGAGACUUUGCAUGUCAAGCGAUAGUUUUGCAACAUCUUCGAGAGAACCUCCCAAAUGGAGUCACCCAGACCUUUUUGGCAGAAGAAAAGAGUUCCAAUUUGACCCCCGCACUGACGGAGCAAAUCCUGAAGGCCUUAUCAGACACCACUUCGAUCAAUGACGAAGACACUCUUCGGAGCUGCAUCGACUUGGGACAAAAUUUCUUUGAUUCGCAUGAGAUUCCAUCACAUUUCUUCUGUCUGGAUCCAAUUGACGGGACCAAAGGCUUUUUCAGAAAGGAGCAAUAUUGCAUAGCGCUUGGAUUGCUGGAGAAUGGAAUGCCAACAAUUGCAGUAUUGGCUUGUCCAAAUCUACCCUUUGUAGACGAGGAAGACGGUCCAGAUGCAAAAAUUGGUUGUAUUUUUGUUGCAUGCAAGGGUCAGGGAUGUUAUCAGCUUGACAUGGAGGGAAAGGUAGAGCCGAAAAGAAUUGGGGAAGGCUACAACGCAGAGCCUCCGCUGUCACACAAAGCAAGAUUCUGUGUGGGUGUUGAACAAGGAUUUGGCGAUCCCACCGGGAAGGCAAAAGUCAUGGCACAAGAGCUGCAUGGAUCGCUGGAUGAAACUACGGAUGAUAUCAAAUACGCUACGCGGAUAGACAGCCAAGCCAAAUAUGGUCUAGUCGCGAGGGGAGGAGGCGAGUUAUAUGUUCGCUUGCCAAGAUUAGACUAUGAAGAAUGGAUGUGGGAUGUCGCUCCAGGAGUCCUGGUAUUAGAAGAGAGUGGAGGCAUAAUCACAGAUGCCAAUGGGAACGAUCUGGACUUUACAAGCGGCAGCAAACUUUCAAACAACUACGGAGUCUUGGGCGCAAGAAGCAAGCCGCUGUAUGACGACUUGCUUGCAUCCUGCAGAAGCGCUAGCCAGUAG